AGGGAGGCAGACUCACUGUUGUUGUAACCUUCUGAAACCCUUAUUUCUGCUCGGCUCAAAGCAUUUAAAAGAAUGGACGCGUCCCUGUUCCAGUUCAUCAUCAGGGAGUUCGGCGAGCCCAACUGUACUCUUUUGGAUGCUUUACAAAACACUUUCUACGACAAUUCAUCGUUCGCUUUGAUGAAUUUCGACGGUCUCUACUGUAACGCCACGACGGAUGAGAUCGGAACUUGCUGGCCCAGAAGCAACUCUGAUCGUGUAGUUGAGCGACCGUGUCCGGAGUACAUCAACGGCGUCAAAUACAACACUACUAGAAGUGCAUAUAGAGAGUGCUUGGAGAAUGGCACAUGGGCUCUGAAGAGUAACUACUCCAACUGUGAACCCAUUUUAGAGGAAAAGAGGAAAUACCCUAUGCAUUAUAAAAUAGCCCUCAUUAUAAAUUACUUUGGUCACUGUAUAUCUGUCGGAGCUCUAGUUAUCGCCUUCAUUCUCUUCAUGUGCUUAAGGAGCAUCCGAUGCCUUCGCAAUAUAAUCCAUUGGAACUUAAUUACGACGUUCAUUCUAAGGAAUGUAAUGUGGUUUUUGCUUCAGUUGAUUGACCACAACAUUCAUGAGACCAAUGAGCCCUGGUGUCGUCUCAUAACAACAAUCUAUAAUUACUUUGUGGUGACCAAUUUCUUCUGGAUGUUUGUGGAGGGCUGUUAUCUCCACACAGCUAUUGUGAUGACAUAUUCCACAGACAAGCUCAGAAAAUGGGUCUUCCUCUUCAUCGGAUGGUGUAUACCGUGUCCAAUAAUUGUAGCGUGGGCCAUUGGAAAGCUUUACAGGGAAAACGAACAAUGCUGGUUUGGGAAGGAACCUGGAAAGUAUAUAGACUACAUUUAUCAAGGGCCUGUUAUUCUAGUUCUUCUUAUCAACUUUGUGUUCCUGUUCAACAUUGUACGCAUUUUAAUGACAAAGCUAAGAGCCUCCACCACAUCUGAAACAAUACAAUACAGGAAAGCUGUGAAGGCAACUUUGGUACUGCUGCCGUUGCUCGGUAUAACGUACAUGCUGUUCUUUGUGAACCCAGGAGAGGAUGACAUAUCUCAGAUAGUCUUUAUCUAUUUCAAUUCAUUUCUACAAUCGUUUCAGGGAUUCUUUGUGUCAGUAUUUUACUGCUUUCUUAAUGGCGAGGUGCGUUCCGCAGCCAGAAAGCGCUGGCAUCGCUGGCAGGACAACCAUGCUUUGCGAGUUCGAGUGGCAAGGGCUAUGUCCAUUCCCACAUCGCCCACCCGCAUCAGCUUUCACAGCAUCAAACAGACCACGGCAGUCUGACCUUUGCACGAUUACUUUUGCUCAUUUAUAAUUCAGCCACACAGAUGGACUGCAAGUGUGUGGCGCGCUGGCGCGAGACGCAGAGUGAUUGUUUGCCUUUCUGAUGGCCUGAUGGGUGUCUUCCAGUAACCUGUGAAUUUAAUUUACGAAUUUUAAAAAACGUCCUUCUCAAUCAGCCGUCCUUACCUUUUUAAUUAUACACUCUCAGAAAAAAUGGUACAAAAACUGUGACGGUACCCUUUAAAAAAGGUUCUAAUCUGUACCAUUUACUGUAUAGAUAUACCUUUGAGAUCCUAAUAUGCACUCUUUAAGUACAAAUGUGUACUUUUUUGUAAGGGUACCGUCCCAGUGAAAGCUUUUGUAUCUUGAGAGUGUAACUAAAAAGUUUCCCUUUGAGCAAAUCAAAUGGUAUGUCACCAUAUAUCAUCUGGUUUAUUUAUUAAUAAUUUUUUUAUAAUAUGUUGGCAAGCAUACUGUUAUACUUUUACAUUUUUUAAGAAUAUUCUUUUUCUGAUACCUUACAGUACAUGUAUGUCUUGAACCGUCACGCAAGCAAAUAUGAAACCCCACAAUUUCCUAAAACAGAAAUCCUUUUAUAUCUUUUUAAUAUCUGUAUCUGUCGUGUCCUCUAAUGCAGAUUGCGAUCUGUUUACGCUUCUAAUGUACCGUGAGCCCUGCAGUAUCAUUCAAAUUCAUCUGUGGAGAACAGAACGUGCUUUUACUCAGCCAAUCUCGCAGGUGUUCAUAUCCCUCUGUUCUGCCAUUUUAGGCUGGUUGGUCCUGCAGGGACCCGUCCUAAGCCAGUGAACUCUGUCUGGCCUCUGUGGAACAGCUUCCUUAUUCGCAAUGCAUGACAAAAUCACCUCAUAUAUGAUAGUUCCUGGCAACAUAGGCUUAAGUCUACAUUAUAACCAGAGAAAUGAAAGUAGGAUGCAUGAUCAUGAAGGAAACUGGGAUGCUGAUAGAUGAGAAGAAAAGUAAAGAGUGGGCAGAGGUAAGAUUAAAUAUCAAGAGAUAUUAGACUUUCUUAUGGUAUGACCCCCUUAAGUUCCACCAGAUUACUUUUCAACAGCUUUUGAGCCAUGAUUGUGUGUUUGUGGUUGCUUACAAGCAAGGGUAUGUGUUUUUAGAAAUAUUUCUGGACCUGCGGUUUAGCUUUUUGCCCAAAGCAGUUUGCAGAGCCUCUCCCCCUGGCUAAACUGUGGCAGAACGUUUGAUUUGUUUCCAUAGGCCCAGAUUUCUACAAACUUUGUGUCAGCGACCAAAAUCAAUUGUUGACUCAAAAAUGAAAAUAAGCCGAUAUUUAAAUGGCACUUUUCCAUUGCAUAGUACCCCAGGGUUUGGUUUGGGUCAGCUUACUUUUGGGAGCUUUUCCACUGGGUGCAGUACCAAUCCUUUUUUUUAGUACCACCUCGGUUGGUGUUCCAAGCGAGCCGAGCUGAUACCAAAACGUGACGCGAAAACAUUGUAGAUUACUGAUUGGUCUGAGAGAAUCGUCACUAUCAGCAUCAUCGCUACUGUAUAAUGUAAAAGAUUAGCUUUACCUUCAUGCUAGCUGCGCUGUCUCGAGUAAACCUGUUGUCAUCUGUGCUCUGCUAUAAGUUCCCAAACUCCCUUUUAGCGAUGAAAAACAUCCACAGGUUGUGAAUCAGGAACACCAUAAUAGCUUUUUUCCAGACUUGCAGUUUGUGGCAGCACAUUUGCGAUGCACACGUCCGCAUAAUGCUUAAAUGGAACUUCAAUGAGGCUCAGCUCACCUUCAAUGAGGUCAAUUUUUAUUUUGUGGCGGACUGAGAAAUAAAUAAAUGUAUGGGAAUGUACAAUGACGCUCUCACUUGUAUGAUGUCACAGCAGUAGGCAGCGCAAAUAUAACGACACGACACGCCCCUCCCACUGCAAAGUGUUACUAAACUCGAUGGAAAAGCUAACCAAGCCAAAGUGAGCUG